GAUGAAUAAGGAAAUAAAAGGCUUUGUGGUCUGAGUCUAAAGAGAUAGCUAUAUCCGCAGUUAACGGAUAUCCUCUUCGUUCUUGCUCUCAGAAUCUUCUUAGCUAGGGUUUCUGAAAUUUGUAUCACUUUGAUGAUAUAUACCUGUGUCUCCUUGUCUAAAUCUUACUGGGCUCUCUGUGGUCUGAUUUUUUCUAUGAAAAAAUUAAUCCAUGCGUUUUGGUCUUCUUCUGCUCUCAUAAAUAUUUCUGGGAUUUCUGGGUAGCUAGCUGUAAAAGAUUCUGAUCGACCAUCGUUUUGUGAACCUUUCCUUUUUGGUCUGGGUUCUCACAGUUUCCCUUAAAUUUUUGCACUUCCUUAACUGUUUACAGAUUUCAAAAGCAUAUAUAUAAGCUGUUUUUGGAAUUUUCUCCAAAACUUGGAGAUGGUGAGAGGAAAGAUUCAGAUGAAGCGAAUUGAGAAUGCGACGAGCCGUCAAGUGACCUUCUCAAAGCGUAGAAAUGGGCUGCUGAAGAAGGCCUUCGAGCUCUCUGUCCUUUGCGAGGCAGAAGUCGCCGUGAUCAUCUUUUCACAGAAAGGCAGGCUCCAUGAGUUCUCAAGCUCCGACAUGCAAAAGACGAUAGAACGAUACUAUAAAUAUGCAAAAGGUGGGCACACCAACAACACCGACGUGGAACAAUAUAUGCAGCGACUGAAGCGAGAAAGUGCAAACAUGGCAAAGAAGAUUGAGCAUCUCAAUGAUUCUCAAAGGAAGCUUUUGGGACAUGGCUUAAGUAUAUGCACUCGUGAGGAACUCCAGGAGAUUGAAAGCCAGCUGGAGCGAAGCUUACGCAGCAUCAGGGCAAGAAAGGCUCAGUUAUUGAUGGACCAGAUAGCGCAUCUAAAAGCAAAGGAGAGACUUCUGAUUGAGGAGAAUAAAAGUUUAAGCGAAAAGUGCGGUGCAAAAAAUCCACGGCCUCAGGAGAAAGAUGUUGUAACGUACUGCAGCAGAAGUUGCCAGAGCUCAGAGACAGAUGUGGAGACUGAAUUGUUCAUUGGACUGCCAGAAAUGCGCUGCUCAAAAGCAGUGUAGGGCUUCCCAAGAUGAUUUCCCAACGUAGAAUAAAUUGCUGCGUAAUUAUUUUUCAAGUGCGGGCAUGCAAUAAUACAUAUAAGAAAUAAUGCACUAUGAUUGUAUUUGUUCA